AUGGAUCUAGCACAGCGCCCACCGUACGACGCAAUCGACUUCAAAGCCCUCGCCAAAAACGAUAAUGAUUUCAAGGCAAUAUGGCAAAAGAGCGCAGGAAAACUAGACUUUCAAGAUCCCAACACAGUCAAGACGUUAUCCAAAGCAACUUUAAAAUCAGACUUUGGUUUGCAGCUCGAGAUACCAGAUGACCGGUUGUGCCCACCGAUUCCCAAUCGCUGGAACUACGUAGCAUGGAUACAAGGCCUCAUAGACUCUACAUCACCUGACUACUCCAACAAAUACGACCCAGACCGCAAAGUUGUCGGCCUCGAUAUCGGCACGGGAGCAUCGGCAAUCUACACCAUGCUUUGUCUGAAGUCGCGCCCGAACUGGACAAUGUGCGCCACAGACAUCGACAAGAAGAGCUUCGACUCGGCAGCCCGUAACCUCGCUCUGAACAACCUCAUGACGCGUACAAAACUUCUUCAAACUACUGAGCUCAACGCUCUCAUCCCACUCGCAGCUCUAAACACCGGACGUCUCGACUUCACAAUCUGCAAUCCGCCUUUCUUCACUUCUCAAACUGAUAUGACAUCUAGCCUAAAGGGCGAGGGAAAGAGCUGGAGGCCCAACGCUAUUUGCACUGGCGCGGAGGUAGAGAUGGUGUGUCCCGGUGGCGACCUCAGCUUCGUCACGAAGAUGGUCGAUGAGAGUUUAGUGCUGAGAGAGAAGGUGCUGUGGUACAGUAGUAUGCUAGGGAAACUGGACAGCGCCAAAGCAAUCGUGACGUUAUUGAAAAAGCACAGAAUCAGCAACUGGGCGGUAGGGGUUGUCGACACAGGAGGUAGUACGAAGCGGUGGAUUGUCGCGUGGAGUUUUGGAAACCUACGCCCACGGAAUAGCAUUGCGCGCAUGGAGAAAAUGGCAAACGAGUUCCUCCCCUUCCCCACAUUCUAUACCAUCCAGCUCCCGCCCUCCACCGAUGCACAAACUGCAAAGGACACUCUCAACGCUCAACUCUCAUCUCUCGAUCUCACCUGGACAUGGGACGCCGAAAAGUCAACUGGCAUCGGCGAAGCAAGCCAGAACGUGUGGAGCCGCGCGCAUCGGAGAGCGUACGAGCGAAAGCAGAAAGGGGGAGUGGUAGACAUGACGCAAGACGAAGAGCGUAGUGUGGAGCUCGCGUUUAGGAUCAAGGUCGUUGAUUUGGCGCGCGAAGUGGACAUUGAGUGGCUACGAGGUGCUGAUCAAGUGCUUUGGGAAUCCUUCUGUGGGCUUAUACACCGACAUUUUAAGAAAACAUAA